AUUAUAUGCACAUCAAUCUGAAUAAUGAAAACGAUGUGGGUCAGCGGAAUGUACUGAUCAAUCAAAUCCAACGCGAAAAAUUUUGUUCUAACGAGAUAUCAACGGGAAAGUACAAUUUUUUUACGUUCAUUCCGAAAUUUUUAUUUGAACAAUUUCGCAAAUAUGCCAAUCUUUUUUUCCUGCUUGUUGCUCUUCUGCAACAAAUUCCCGGAGUUUCUCCGACCGGUCGCUUUACCACUGUUGUUCCACUAACAAUCAUUCUCUUUGUGUCAGCUGUAAAGGAGAUGAUAGAAGACUUCAAAAGACAUUCAGCUGAUAAGACAACAAACAGGACCAAGACCUUGGUUUUAAAAAAUGGUGACUGGAACGAAGUGCCCUGGAUGAACGUGAAAGUUGGUGACGUCGUCAAGUUGGUGAACCAUAAUGGUAUACCGGCUGAUCUUCUUCUAUUGUCCUCAAGCGAACCACUGGGUAUGUGUUACAUCGAGACCUCCAAUCUGGACGGCGAAACGAAUUUGAAACUUCGACAGGGUCUCAAAGAGACCGCCGAAUACCUGACUGCUGAAAAGUUGGGUACAGUAAACUGGCGGGUAGAAUGUGAAAAGCCAAACAGAAACCUAGAGGAGUUCGUUGGAACCUUGUGGGUGAGAGACGGCGGGUACGUUCCUAUUUUCAAAGCCAUUGUUGUAACGUAUUCUCUCCAAAUACACCGAAUUUAA